UCACUUCUCCUUUUACACAAAUAGCCCCAGACAUCUGUGUUCUGGCCUGGCGUUGGUUACCUCCAACUUAAUCACCAAAUUCUGCCUGAAGAACUGAGGGACAUUGUCUACAAAAGGGCACAAACAUCCAAGCAUGAGUAUGAGUACUAUAAAAUUACUGAAGUAUAUCCUGUUUGCCUUCAACUUGCUUUUUUGGGUUUUUGGCUGUUUCAUUUUGGGCUUUGGGAUCUACUUUUUGGUCCACAACAACUUUGGAGUGCUCUUCCAUAAACUCCCCUUCCUCACACUGGGCAAUGUACUCGUCAUCGUGGGCUCUAUUAUCAUGGUAGUUGCCUUCCUGGGCUGCAUGGGCUCCAUCAAGGAGAACAAGUGUCUGCUGAUGUCGUUUUUUAUUCUGCUACUGAUUAUCCUCCUUGCUGAGGUGACCUUGGCUAUUCUACUCUUCGUGUAUGAACAAAAGCUGAAUAAGUAUGUGUCUGAAGGCCUGAACGACAGCAUCCAACGUUACCACUCAGACAACAGCACCAAGGUGGCAUGGGAUUUCAUCCAGACACUUCUGAAUUGUUGCGGUGUAAAUGGCACUAGUGAUUGGACCAGUGGCCCACCAGCAUCUUGUCCGUCCAAUCCAGAAGUUAAGGGCUGUUAUAUGAAAGUGCAACAGUGGUUUUACUCCAAUUUCUUGUAUAUUGGAAUCAUUACCAUCUGUGUCUGUGUGAUUCAGGUGCUGGGGAUGUCCUUUGCACUCACUCUCAACUGCCAGAUUGAUAAAACCAGCCAGGCCCUAGGUCUGUGAUCUGCCCUGUGCUGGAGAGACUUGUUUUAUCUUUGGACAUCCACAUCAUUUACAGCAUGAAGCCCCAAAUGAUCAUCUUCUGGACUUCCAUCUUUGUCUCCUCAUCUCUCCCGUUUGGUUCUCAUCUUAUGUGUUAGGCAGGCACUUCCAUCUCAGACAGCAUGGCGACCACUGAUGGUAGCAGCCAUGCCGCUCAAGGUGUUUAAAGACCAAGAGAAUCUGUGACACUGCUGGCUUGAGAUUUUAAAAAAAGAGCUCCAGGAUUUGAAUGUUUGUAUCUUUUUGUUGUCAAAUUAAUCUUCAGCCACUGAAUCAUGACCAGUUUGCUCUACAAAGUCAUAUGAGAUGAGCUGAAAGGAGUUCUGGGGCCAGAUUCAAUGAUUCCUUUUAAUCUGGUUCCUUGGCCAUAGGAAUGACAGAAUACUCUUUUUUUCAUAAGGGAAGCUAUUAUUUUAAUUCUCUUAUUAAGAAUGACUCAUUGAUUUAUUCUAAAUCUUUCCAGUCAUGCUUACCUUGACUUCAUACCCAGUCUCAGUCUUUGAGUUACAUAGCUGGGAAGAACCCUGAAGCAAUAGUAUAUUUGGUGGGUCACUUGAUAACCACAGUCAGAAGUUUGGGUAUUAUUGCUCAAUUAUAUAAGGUUUUUUAAUGUACUUUUAAAUUUUUUCAUUAAAUAAAAUAGCUUAUGAACUCA